AUGUCAGACGGAAAGAUCUUGAAGCCGGACAAGGACUUUAGCAAGGAGGUCGACAAGCAAUUGCCCGAGGCGGAGGAGCUGGCGAAGAGCAAUGUGCAAGCGGCUAUUGAGAAAUUGACGGCUUUGGAGAAGCAAACAAGACAGGCGUCAGAUCUAGCAUCAACAUCACGGAUUCUUGUCGGAAUAGUCACCAUUAGCAAGGACUCAGGCGACUGGAGUUUGCUAAAUGAACAGGUCCUGCUACUGUCCAAGAAACAUGGACAACUUAAACAAGCUACGACGAAAAUGGUGCAGGUGGUCAUGAGCUUCCUCGACUCAGCGCCGGAUAUGGAAACGAAGCUGUCGGUCAUUGAGACGCUGCGGACGGUCACAGAGGGUAAGAUAUUCGUCGAAGUAGAGCGGGCUCGUGUCACCAGAAUCCUGUCGGAUAUCAAGAAAGAGCAAGGCGAUACAAAGGCGGCUGCAGACAUUCUAUGCGAACUUCAAGUCGAGACUUUCGGAUCCAUGGAGCGAAGAGAAAAGACGGAAUUCAUCCUGGCACAAGUCGCGCUAUGCAUAGAGAACGAUGAUUGGACACAAGCUGGUAUUCUGAGCCGGAAAAUCAGCACGAAAUACCUCUCAAGAAAGCCCAAGAAGACCGUAGAACAGCUCGAGAAGGAGAAAAAGGAUCGCGAGAAGAAGCGGGCAAAGGGCGAAGAUAUUCCAGAGCCAGUUGAAGACGAUGUCACAGAUUUGAAAUUGCGGUAUUACGAGCAGCAAAUCACCCUUGCGAAGCACGAUGACAAGUAUUUGGAUGCAUGCAAACAUUACAGACAGGUGCUUGAUACUGAGGCAGUUGAGGAAGAUCCGCAGAAGCUUCAAUCUGUUCUGCAACGCAUCAUCUACUAUGUCAUUCUCGCCCCAUACGACAACGAACAAUCCGAUCUCCUCCACCGAAUUCACAAAGACUCCCGAAAUAGCCAGGUGGAUCUAGACGCACAACUUCUCAAGCUCUUUACCGUUCACGAACUCAUGCGAUGGCCAGAGGUUUCGAAAAUCUUUGGUCCACAUCUUUGCAGCACCGACGUUUUCGAUGUUUCUCCAGGACAAUCUGCGGAUAAGAAGGCCAACAAAAGAUGGGAGGAUCUGCGUAAGCGCGUUAUCGAGCACAAUGUCCGAGUUGUUGCCAAAUACUACACUCGCAUUCAGAUGCCACGACUUACCCAGCUUCUCGACUUGACUGAGGAUGAGACUGAAAAGUAUAUCAGUGAGCUUGUCACAGCAAAGACAGUCUAUGCCAAGAUUGAUCGACCUGCGAGGAUUGUAAAUUUCGCCAAGCCAAGAGAUGCAGAUGAUGUUCUCAACGAAUGGAGCGGUAAUAUGAAGAGCUUAUUGGGAUUCUUGGAGAGAAUUGAUCAUUUGAUCACCAAGGAAGAGAUGAUGGCCAGAAUCCAACCUACAAAGCCAUCCAAGGGCUCCAAGACUGCAAAGGCCCAUUAA